UCCUUCAUCAACUUUUGCUUGUGUUGGGAUUCUUCUUUGUUGUGCUUUGCUUUAUCUAAACGAUAAAGGCUUCUGUUUUAAGUUGACACUAAAAGGUUUUCUUUUUCGGGUUAUCUUUUCUCUUCUUUUUUUUUUUGUUCUGUUGGUUGUUGAUGCUUCUUCUUCUUCUUCUGCUCUGCAUUGUCCCCCCAUAAUGAAGUCUCUCUAUUGUGCUUCUGCUUCACCAGAUCCUAAGAGCAGAUCAUACCUUUGCACUCUCUUUGUUGUGGCAUCUUUGAUUUGUAGUGCUUAUUUUAUCGGUGGUUCAUUCAUUGGAAAGGAAUAUAAAGAAAGACUAGCAAGAUGGCAAGUUAUUGAGACAGUGCAGAGUACGAAAUCCACUAACUGUGAGGAUCAAUGUAAGCCUACUGGAACUAAGGCAUUGCCCCAAGGAAUUGUUAGAAAGACAUCAGAUUUCGAAAUGCGGCCUCUAUGGAACAGUUCUUUGGAAGAUAACAAGCAAAAGCUUUCAAAGAGCUUGUUAGCACUUGCAGUUGGAAUUAAUCAAAAAGUAGUAGUGGACCAAAUUGUUAAGAAGGUGUUAGUCAAUCCUGGUCACCUUUUUGGCUUUAAAAACUUUCUCACCAUUUUUCUGCUAAUAUUUAUUAUCUUAGUGCAGUUUCCUUUAAGUGAUUUUGUUGUGAUGCUUUUUCAUUAUGAUGGUGUUGUGGAUAAAUGGAGGGAUUUGCCAUGGAGUGAUCAUGCCAUUCACGUCUCUGCAGUGAACCAAACAAAAUGGUGGUUUGCAAAAAGAUUCCUGCAUCCAGAUAUAGUUUCUGAAUAUGAUUAUCUAUUCCUUUGGGAUGAAGAUCUGGGAGUUGAGAAUUUUAAUCCAAAACGAUAUCUAUCUAUUAUUAGGGAUGAAGGCCUCGAAAUAUCACAGCCUGCCCUUGAUCCUACCAAGUCAGCAGUGUACCAUCCAAUAACAGCACGUCAACCAAAGUCAACCGUGCACAGAAGGAUAUAUAAAUUUAAAGGUAGCGGAAGGUGUUAUGGCAACAGCACUUCUCCUCCUUGCAUAGGUUGGGUGGAAAUGAUGGCACCUGUCUUCUCAACAGCAGCUUGGAGAUGUGCAUGGCAUAUGAUCCAGAAUGACUUAAUCCAUGCCUGGGGUCUAGAUUUUCAGCUUGGUUACUGUGCACAGGGUGAUCGAACCAAAAAUGUUGGUGUGGUCGAUUCGGAGUAUAUUGUUCAUCUGGGUCUUUUAACUCUUGGUGUCUUCAACGGAACUGAGUCAAAUUCUAAUUCUGAUACACAAGGUGGUCUUCCUCAAAAGCAGCCAUCAGAGCCCCACGUAGUUGAUAAUAGAGUACAGGUAAGAAAACAAUCCUCUGUAGAGAUGCAGAUCUUCUUGGACAGAUGGAAGAAUGCAGCAAAGGAGGAUAAAUGUUGGGUUGAUCCAUUUCAACAAAACCAAACUAGUAACUGAAUACAAAUGUUAAGGCUUCAACUGAGCAUCAUUUAGAGGGAGGCUGCCAUUAUCAUCAUAGCAUCAUGUAUUUAUACACACCAUUUGUACAAUUUUUUGCGGGAGAGAAGAUCGCAUACAUAGCAGAUGUAUAAAGUAUAUCAAAUCAUUCAAGGAGCUUGAGAUGUUGCUUCCUGACUGUUGCACCAUAGCUAGUGAUCAUACACCUUGUUGUAGCCCAUGUAGAGUUCUAAAAUCUUAUGAUUCUUUUUUUAUCUUCUCCAUCAAAAGAGAAAUGGCAGCAAAUAUGCCAAUGUAUGAAUCAUUUUUCUUCUUUUCUUUUCUCUUUUUUUUUUUCUUCAUUUUAUUCAUUUAUUAUAUUGGUGUAAACUAUGAAAAUAAUGUAAAUUAUUAUUUUAUUUUGGGUGGGAAAUUUAAUGUCUUUCUGUUUA